AUGGCAUCAAGCACAAGCAACGUUCUCCUCUACUUUCUCGCAAUCUUCUUGCCCUUUGUCACCGUCGCGCUGAAAGAAGGCUGCGGCGCACAAUUGCUCAUCAACAUUGCCCUGUGCUGCCUGGCCUGGAUUCCCGGCAUCAUCCACGCAUGGUGGGUCAUUAGCCAGGACGAGAAGAAGAAGGGCAUUUGA